AUGACGUCAGCUGGCCGUCUGGAACACCUGGAGCGCUCUUACCUUCCACCUCAAAAUGAUGCUCACAGCGGAAAUAAUUUUGGUUCUGGAAAUAACCACUUCAGUGGUAUUGGACCCAACUCUAACGGAUUUAGUUCUAAUGGUAAAAAUUCAUUUGGGGUUCCCUCAAAUGACCACAUAGGCUCCUAUGGAUCCAACAGAUUUGGAUUGGCAUCACCAAGCUCAAGUUCAAGUGGAUUAAACAGAAAUACCUUCGAAGGUGCAACAUCCAAUCAAUAUCUGCCACCUCAUCAUGGCCUUUCUGAAGUUUCAAGCUUGGAUGGACCACAGUUUCAAUACAGCCAAUCUAUGGGAUCUAACGGAUUCAGACCUAAUUCUGGAUCUCAGAAUUCUCACAUUUUUAACUCCCAACCUCAAUUUGGGGCUGCCAGUCGACAGUACUUAGCCCCCAAGUACACAGCAUCACAACAAUCUCCACAGCAGCCGUUCGAUGAGAACAGCGGGUACAUUUAUUAA